GCUAUUAGAAGGAAGCGAAUUAAUCGGAGAAGGGAAGGAUUAAAAUUUGCAGCACGGGUACAAUACGACAUGUUGACACGUCGUGAACAUGCACGUAAGUAAAGCAAGCUCCUUUUUUUCUCGGUAUAUUCAAAAGAAACUAAAUUAACAAGGCAUUCCCUAGAAUUAUUUAUACGCAAGCAUGCAGACAUUCGUUGAAUAUAUGCAUCACGCGAGCACCCAUAAUAUACAAGUGCUUCUGUAUGCAUCUUUUUUGAGGUGUUCAUGUCUCACAACAAGUUUUCUUAUGUAUAUAUUAUGCAUGCAUAUGGGAUAACUCAUAAUGCAACAUAACAGUUAAUGUCUCAUAACAAGUUAGUUAUGCAAUUUGAUAGAGCUAUCCGAGAAGAUUUCACAUGAGAAAAAUGUCCCAGGUUUAGAAAAAAUAAUUAAUAUAAUUAUUCAUGUUUCCGGUUUUCAAUUUUUGAUUAAUGAACCCGUCAUAACGGUUAACCCAAUAUCACAAGCCCUUCUGUCUCUCCGCUACAUAUGUCUCGUAUUAAGCGCAGACAAUUAGUACACCAUCGUCAGUGGAAAGCAUAUGACAUAGUGGAGGUCAAGAUAAAAUAGAAAAGUUGCAAACCAAACAAUCCAUACAUUUGUUAGCAGUUUUGCAAAAAGGAAUUGGCUGAAAGUGCAAUUCUUUUUCAUGUUAGGAAGAAUUGAUACUUAUUCGGUUAGGGGAGUGUGAUAUUUUUUUUUUCCCGUUGCAACGCAUGGGCAUAUGUGCUAGUGAAUGAAAAAAGAAAAGAAAAGAAAAGAAAAAUCGACGCAAUUAGUUGUGGUACGCUGAGCUGGUAGCAGCUCCGUUUUCUCUCGAGUCCUCUCAGGUCUGAAGGCAUCGGCGGCGUCAUCGUCGCGUCAGUUCCGAUUCCAAUCCACAGCCCAGCCAUGUCCACGCCGGCCAGUCUCCCGCCGCCGGCCCCCGCCGCCACGCCCCUCACCGACCUCCUCGAGUCACCCACCUUCGCGCCCCCCGCGCCAGCGCCCCCGCCUCCCACCCCCGCCGCCAUCCUCACCGCGUGGUCGCACCUCCGCAGCGCCGCUCCCUCCCCUGCGGUCACCCUCUCCGCCCUCGAGACCCUCCACCUGCACCGCCGCUCGCUCCGCCUCAGCUCCGCGCACCUCGAGCUGCUCCUGCCGCUUCUCCCGCUCCACCCGCGCCUCGUCUCCCCGCUGCUCGCCACCUGCCCGCGUCUCCUCCCCAACUAUUCGCUCCCCUUUGCCUCCCUCCCUCUCGCCCCUCGGCUCCUCCUCCUGGGCACGCUCGCCACCGCCAAGAGCUCCAAGAAUUCCACCAGCAAUGGCACCUCAGGGAGCCCCAGCACGGGGAAUCUCGGGAGCGACCAUGGUGGCGACGACCCCAUUGUGGCUGUGAGUCGCAUUCUAGAGAAUACGGAGCAGGGCAGUGAGACCAGCGAUGUUAUUGACCACCUUGCGCUUGCUGGUAUUGGCCAUGCCCUGGCAUGUGCAGAUGAGCUGCACUUUGGAAGGAUCCUUGUGUCCCUGGUUAGGAUUUGCGGCAGGAUCGGGGAUGUAGGUGUUGGUGUUAGGGUGCUUAAGCUGGUGGAUUGGCUGGUGUCGGGGUUCGUCGAGUCGAGGAGGAUGCGCAAGGUUCAGGUUCUGUUCGAGGUAAUUUCGCCGGAGAAGUGCGAGAGCGAGGGUUAUGUGCUGUUUCCGGCGGUGAUGGCGGCUUGCGGUGGACUACGGGCAUUGAGGGUUGCUUCGGUGAGACAUCGCUUGGACUUUGCCCCAAAAUUGAAGGACGCUCCUGAGUGGACCAUUCGUUUUGCAGCUAAGAGGGCAACUGUAGAAGGGAGGCAUGACGAUGAUCAGCGACGUGUCCUUCUUCAGUGUGUUGCAUUAGGUUUGACACAGUGUGGGCCGGUAGCGUCUAAUGAUUCAGUGUUACAGUGUGUUCUUAUGGCACUGCUGGAGGAGCUCCUUCCUCUUCCAUGUCUGCUUAGGAUCUCAGUUAAGAGUCCAGAUGGAAAUUCAGCUGAGCUUGCCAAGAAUCAGGUCAAGCAACACCAGGAUAGUGUCCUUUUCAAAGAAGCAGGGCCAGUGACUGGGGUUCUGUGCAAUCAGUAUUCAUUUGCUGAUGAGAAGACUAAAGAUUAUGUUGAAACUCGUGUAUGUGAAUAUGCGCAAGAGCUGUAUCAUCAUCUUCGUGCAGCAGUGUUGCUGCACCAGACGAAACGGAAUGAUUUGCUUGCUGAGAUUGAUAAGAUUGCUGAGGCAGCAUUUUUUAUGAUUGUAAGCUUUGCAGCAGAGGUUGCAAAACACAGGUUGGAUGCAAACUCCUCAGGGGGGUUACAGCCAGAGGUUGCUGUUAGGAUCUUGGUGGAAUUCUCUUGUGUGGAACAUCUGAGACGUUUGCGUCUUCCUGAGUACACUGAAGCAAUCCGGCGUGCUGUUGUUGUUAAUCAGGAUAAUGCGGCAGCCAGUGCUUUAUUCGUUGAGUCAAUGCCUUCAUGUGCUGAAUUGACAACCAAACCAGAUUUACUAACCUUGGAUGGAACAAGAUAUAUCUGUUACGCGGAUGAGGUUCAGACGUCACGCAUAUUGUUUUAUCUGCGGGUUAUGCCUACUUGUAUUAGCCUUAUUCCAGCUGAUCUAAUUCGGGAUAAAUUAGCUCCGGUCGUAUUCCUAUACAUACAACAUUCGAAUGAAAAAAUAACACGUGCUGUACACUCGGUGAUGGUAUCAUUCCUGUCAUCUGGCAAUGAUACUGAUCAGGAUGAUCGAGUGGCUUUGAAAGAGCAAGUCGCCUUUGAUUAUAUUAGGAGAUCCUUGGAGGCUUAUCCUGGGGUAACUCCAUUUGAUGGAUUAGCAUCAGGAGUUGUUGCACUUGUUCGGCACCUUCCUGCAAAGAGCCCUGCCAUUCUGUUUUGUAUCCAUAGCCUUGCUGUGAAGGCUAAAGAUCUUUGCAGUACUGCAAUGGUUCAGGACAGAUCAUUAUGGAGGUCAUGGGAAGAAAGCACAGAGCCCUGCAAGAAAGUAUUGGACUUGUUGCUACGGCUCAUCUUCCUUGUUGAUAUUCAGUCAUUCUCUUAUCUGCUCAAGGAGCUGGCGGAAUUUGUCACCUCGCUGCCAAAGGAAGGCCAGGAUGUGCUCCUCGAUGACAUGCACGCCCAUGUCGCGGAAUCUGACGAUGUUGUACGGAAGCCUGUGCUCGUGUCGUGGUUGCAGUCCCUAUCAUACAUAAGCUCACAAGCUGAUGUUCGUGAAUCUCGUAAUAACGCGAAAAAUGCUCGUUCUGCGGGUGGGGUUGAGCUGAGCCUGAACAGAACUAUUGCACGCUUGUGACACUAUCUUGCUCAUGCUUGUCGAGCUUGAUCAUACUUGUUGUACAUUAACAGUGCAUAGAAUAGAAUGAGAUAGAUGCAUGUUGCAAGUAUAGUACUGCCUUUUUCAUCUUGACAUCAUGCCGGUACGUAUUUGUUUAUCUGAUUCAACAUUUUGAGACAAGUGUUACAAUGACAAUACGAGAGAUUUAAUGAUU